CUGAGUAAACUCGAGCAAGCGCGAUUACGCGAAGAAACUACAGCCCUUUCUUUGCAUUGUGUCCGUCUUGCUGUAGGCAGACGCGAGCAGACAUCAUGAGGAGCAAACAAUGAAAAACUGGUAUCUCAGCUCUCUCGAUUGAGUAUAAUAAGGGGUCAUCAGAUCCAAUUCAUUUGCCUGUUCACCAGAUCUCAACUUCUCAAGUCACCGAACAACAGCACAAAGAACUCCUAGGCUCACGCAUUCACCAUGAAGCUCUCAUCCAUCCUUUUUUCGUCAGCCGCCUUCGGCUCGGCGCUGUCCCAGACCAUCCAACUCCCGGAACUCCCUGAUGGAAGCUACAUCAUGAGCCUUGACGACGAUGGCAAGCUGACCUGGACCGAUAUCACGGCCAACGUCACCAGCUCCCCUGCACCCGCCAUCCCGAAACGUGACGCCGCCGGCUCUAGCUCGCGCAUCCACAAGCGCUUCAACUGGCCGUCUGGCACCUACCCCUGGUGCCCCGGCGGAGACUGGUUCCUGCUCACCGACUUCUACGACCACGGCUGGGACGCCUUCUAUGCCACGUGCGCGGCGGGCGGCGGCUACAAAUUUCCCCGGAACACGGUCCUGACCGAGUACCAGGGCACGUCGGUGUCGUACAUGUGCGCCUACACUACGAACCCAUGCAACGUGAACGAGUGGGUUGACGCCGUCAAUUGGGCGGCGGGCAACUGCCACGGCCGCAGCAACGGUUGGAUGGAGCCCGGCUAUCUUCAUGUUCCUGCGUGGAACAAGAGAUACGGCUAUGCCAAGGCAGGAUCUUCCAUUUGCUAGGACGGCGCAGCGGACUUCGAAGCACCCUCGACUCAACAAGCAGUUGGGUCGCUGUGUGGUGGUGAAUAACUGAUAGUCGGCGUGGUUGCUCUGUUGAAAGGGACUGGUGUUGAUGCCUUUGAUGGGUUUCAGAUGAUUGGAUUGAGGAGGAAACGUGCAGAAGAAGAAAAUCCGUAACAAGGUCAUGAGCCAAGCCUACUGUCAUUGUCCAGCUGAGAGCCUUGUGGCCCUUGUUCCCUCUCGCUCGAAUCCUCUUGAUGGCUGCUUCUAACUCCACCCACCAUCAAACAGCCCCGACUUCUAACGGUCUGACGUGGAUUGAAGCAGCUGGAGAGUGGUAAGUGAUGGCAUGUUUGAUGACAGAUUCUCAAUGAGCCAAAAGCACCCCUUUUUUGCAGAUCAUUGUCACGUCCUGUUUGACUCUGGCCCGCCAAAAAAGGAGAGUAACAGCAACAAACAUUCAGGGCCAGGCGGCCAUUGCGCAUGAAGAUUG